GCAUGGGUGGGGAGGGGAGAGAUGUGGAGCCGAGCAGCCUAACGCAUCCUUAUUCACCUACUGUAGUGGCUGCUCUGCCUCUCCUAGGGAAGAAAUUAACCUAUUCCUGUCUCACUGCAGACACCACCCAGUUAACCCCACACUCCUCCUUCUACUCCAGCUUGCAUUAAGCAUCCUCCAUCCACAGCACACGCACAGGACCAAGUCCGGAGGAGACCGGCUUGCACAGAGAGGGAAUUUGGCUGCUCUUUUCCCUGGUCCUGUCUCCUGGUCCUUCCCCGAGCAUCAUGUCUGCAGGGGGAGAUUUUGGAAACCCACUGAGGAAAUUCAAGCUGGUCUUUCUAGGAGAACAGAGCGUUGGGAAGACGUCUCUUAUCACAAGAUUUAUGUAUGACAGUUUUGACAACACAUAUCAGGCUACAAUUGGAAUAGACUUUCUGUCAAAGACAAUGUACUUAGAGGACCGAACAGUUAGACUGCAACUUUGGGACACCGCUGGUCAAGAGAGGUUCCGUAGCCUCAUCCCAAGCUACAUCCGAGACUCUACUGUUGCUGUGGUAGUUUAUGACAUAACAAAUUUGAACUCCUUCCAUCAAACAUCCAAAUGGAUUGAUGAUGUCAGAACAGAAAGAGGAAGUGAUGUCAUAAUAAUGCUUGUUGGGAAUAAAACAGAUCUGGCAGAUAAACGGCAGAUCACCAUAGAGGAAGGGGAGCAACGGGCAAAGGAACUCAGUGUCAUGUUUAUUGAAACUAGUGCCAAAACAGGAUACAAUGUUAAACAGCUAUUUCGCAGAGUGGCUUCUGCACUGCCUGGGAUGGAGUGUACAGAGGAGAAGAGCAAGGAUGGCAUGAUUGACAUUAAACUUGACAAACCUCAAGAACCGCAAGUAACUGAUGCUGGGUGCUCCUGCUAAUAUGCAGCGCAUGACAGGUGAGCUGCCAGAGGCCAGGUGCUUACCCCCGAGAUGCUUCCUAUUGGUUAGCCUGGAAAAA